UGCACAUGGAGGGCUUCCGUAGCCUGAAGGAGGGCGAGGCGGUGGAGUUUACCUUCAAGAAGUCGUCUAAAGGCCUAGAGUCUGUCACGGUGACGGGGCCAGGGGGAGCACAGUGUGUGGGCAGUGAGAAGAGGCCUAAGGGGCAACAGAAACGACGCUCCAAGGGGGACAGAUGCUACAACUGUGGAGGACCUGACCACCAUGCCAAAGAAUGCCAGCUACCUCCUCAGCCCAAGAAGUGCCAUUUUUGCCAGAGCAUCAGUCACAUGGUGGCCAACUGUCCAAUCAAAGCACAGCAGUCCUCCCCUGGCGCUCAGGGAACAGCAUUGUCACUGAGGGAUGAGGAAGAGGAGCAGAGCCAUGCCCCCUUUCCCCCCAGGGAGAGCUAUGAUUGAUCGAUUCAGGGAUUCAGCCAAUCAAAAGGUUUCAUUGGAGUGCUGCUUUUGGAACUACAUCAGGUUGUCUUUAUUUAUCGCACAAACAGCAAGAAAUGUGUACUUUUAUUGAUGUGAUAGUUUUGAUUGAGAGUUAGCUCAGUGUUUUAAUUGUAUUUUCCCUGCUGCAGCUAAAUAAGAGGUAGCCUAUGUGGAUUUUUCUGGAGAUGAUUGUGAGUGCUCUGCUCUCUCACUGUAUACCAUGUUUUCCCAAAAAGCUUUUGUUAGAAAAAGGUAAAGGAAAUACAAUCAUACAAGUGAAUGUACAGAUAUAGGUGUCCUGACUCUAAGACUGUUUCAUGGACAAAAAGGAGUGUGUCUUUCUGCUUAUUGAAAUCUUCAGGUAUUAUAAGUCGUUGUGCAUUUCUACGGCCAAGUGAAUGUUUUAACCCUUUCUGCUGCAUGAAUGUUGGUACACCAUGGUUGCCGAUUGGACUGUGUACAAUACAGCCUGUCAUAAGUGCCAUAGCCUGUUCAUUUGUCCCAUGGGUGGUUGGAUGUGGCUCCCUCCCUUACAAAGCCUUGACUCAAGGCUAAAUGCGAGACCAGCAUUGAUUGUAUGACAGUCUGUCUGUCUGUCUGUCUGUCUGUCUGUCUGUCUGUCUGUCUGUCUGUCUGUCUGUCUGUCUGUCUGUCUGUCUGUCUGUCCCACAGUUUUUUACUAUGGAUGUAAACAUGGCUUUCUAACAUAUUCUACAUAUCAGGGGUGUUCUAAUACACUGCCCAUAUACAUGACUUGUUUCUCAUUGUCUCGUUGUACUUGAAAACUAUUUAGAAAGCCAAAGGUAUUACAUGUUCUUUCUUGGAUGGACCUGAGCAUUAUUUUUUUUCUUUAAGGACAUAUUUUCAUGAUUGAGUGCUAGGAUAAAGGGACUCAAGUGUUGAAUAAGAUGGUUAUAGGUUUAGUAUUUACUCCUCUUUUACAGGAGUGGAUAGAAUAUUUUACACCACUUAAAUGUAUAUAGAUAUGAUCUUUUUUAUAUUUAUUAUUUAUUCAUCGUCACCCUCUACCUUUCUUACUAAUAGAUAAAGUAUCACAAUUUGUAGCUUAAUUCUAUUUAAACAGAAACCGGCUUUGGUUCUAGCCUCUUGAUAGAUUCGUGGUUGUAUUAAGCAAACAAUUAUGCCUUACUUUUUACUUUCUCUUUCAAUGGGCUUCAUUUUCAGUUGACUUCAUAAUAUACACUAUAAAUACAAAAGUAUG